AUGGAUACUUCUGAUAAUACCCACAUUGAGCAAACAGAGCAACAACCGUUGGAAGCAUCUCAUCAACAUCAACAGCAACCUGCUGCAGCUGAUUCUUCAUCAACCGAUGGACCAACAACAACAACAACAACAACAAAGUCUGGGCAGAUUGGCGCAAGGUUACAAAAUGCCAAAGAGAGGCAAAACAGACAGAAAUAUGAGCAAUCUGAAUAUGUUCCUUUGUUAGACGACCAAGGUAACCCCAUCCCCAAAUCAGAAAGGAAACCAAAACGUAAAUGUGCCGUAAUGCUAGGCUACUGUGGUACAGGUUACAAUGGACUCCAAAUCCAAAACGAACCAGGUGUAAAGACAAUUGAAAAAGAUUUAUACGAAGCAUUCUAUAAAGCUGGUGCCAUAUCAUUGGAAAACUCGCUUGAUUUGAAGAAAUCAGGGUUCCAAAGAACAGCAAGGACUGACAAAGGUGUUCAUGCUGCUGGUAAUGUGGUUUCAUUGAAGAUGAUUAUCGAAGAUCCUGAUUUGAAAGACAAGAUUAAUCAACAUUUACCCGAUCAAAUUAGAAUUUGGGGGAUACAACGUACAACGAAAGGAUUUGAUUGUCGAAAAAUGUGUUCUUCGCGAGUAUAUGAGUAUUUGUUGCCUACUUAUUCAUUGAUUAGUCCUAAACCAAGCACACAAUUGGAUGGAUUGAUCAAGGAGAAUAAGAACAAGUAUCCUAGCUUGUUUGUUGAUGAUGGUGGAGAAAGUGCCAGAUUUUGGCAAUUGAUGAAGGAGAAAGUGAGUGAGGCUGGUAUUACUCAAGAUCAAUUGAAUGCGGUUGCUCAAAUGAAUGAGCAAGAGACUAAAGAUAAUACACCAAACCAAGAAUCAACUCCACAAGACAACGCCACAGAAGGAGGAGCUGAUACUUCAUCCCCAGAUGUGCCACUUUUCCGGAUUGCUAAACAAGUCAAACAGAUUAAAAACGCCACUCGACGUGCCUACCGUAUCUCCCCUGAACGUCUUGAAAGAUUCAGAUCAACAAUGCAGCAAUACAAGGGAACUCAUAAUUUCCACAACUUUACCAUUGGUAAAUCAUACAAAGACACAUCAUCCAAAAGAUACAUCAUCGACACUACCGUCUCCGAUCCAUUUGUCAUCAACAAUACCGAAUGGAUAUCAAUCAAGAUCCACGGUCAAUCAUUCAUGUUGCACCAAAUUCGGAAAAUGAUUUGUAUGGCCACGCUAGUCAUUCGUUGUGAUUUACCAAUAGGUCUAAUUGAUGAUUGCUUUGAGCCAACUAAAAUCAAUAUCCCAAAAGCACCAGCAUUGGGAUUACUUUUAGAAAACCCAGUGUUUGACGCAUACAACUAUAAAUUGCGUGAUCAUGCAUAUGAUGCCAUCAAUUUCGAUGCGUUUAAAAAAGAGAUGCUUGAUUUUAAAAUGAAGUUUAUCUAUGAUAAGAUUUAUGAUGAAGAAGUUAAAGAGAAUGUAUAUUAUGGAUUUUUUGGAUAUAUCGAUAGUUAUCGAGUUUCAACUAAUGAUAAUGAUGAGGAGGGAGCUACAGGAUCUAAUUCAAAGAAUGGUGGUGGUGGUGGUUCUGUUACGAUAUUCGAUUUCUUGCAUAAUUAUAUUGAUAAAGCAGCCAAAGCUGAAUCAGCCAACUCAGAAGAGAAGCAGGGUAAAUAG